GGCCGCUGGACUACAACUCCCGGCGGCCCCCGCGGCGGGGCCCGGCUUGGCCCGGCUCGGCGGCGGGGAGCCGGCUUCUUGCAUCAGCCAUGGCCGCCCGGCUCUACCUCGGACCCGCGGAGCCCGGCAACCUGAAGGUGGCGGCCGCCCUGGAGGCGACCGGCGUCCGGCCCGAGCUCAGGACCGUCGGCCCCAAUGAGCGCGUGGUACCUUACCUGUCACAGCCGAGGCUCCCCGCCCUCCAACUCCCAACUGGGGACUUCAUCUUUUCAACCAACGCCAUCUGUCAGUACCUGUUCACCAUCAGCGGGGAGGAGGCAAGAGACGACACCAAUCAGUGGCUGGAGUGGGAGGCAACACAACUUCAGCCGGCUGUCUGUACGGCAUUGUACGCGAUGCUGGUGCAGGGCAGGAAGAGGGAAGAGGCUGUCAGGAUGGCCAGGAGGCAGCUGACUCACCUCGACCUGGCUCUGAGCAGCUCAGCGCUGCCCUGCCUCACCUCGGACACGGUGACCGUGGCUGAUAUCGUCGUCUGGGCAACACUGUACCCACUCCUGAAGGAAGAUCUGGGACUUCAAGAGGAGUUUGCGACCCUGAGCGAGUGGUUUCAGCGCGUGACGAGCACGGGACCCUGCCUUGCAGCUGUGGAUACUGUGCUGGAGGGGAAGGGGCUACAGGUUUUCAGGGUCCACCUCCAGAAGCAGCCCCCUCCCUUGCAUCCAGCGGAGGAGCUGCCCACCGACAGGACUGAGGAAGGAAACAGCGUCGAUCGCAGGAUAACGGCCGAGGAGGAACGCAAGGCCGAGGAAGCCUGGGCUAGCGGGUUGUCGGGGCUUCCGAAACCUCGGGAGGUGCAGCACCCCAUCCUGCCCAAGACCAAUGAGAGGAACAUACUCAUCACCAGCGCCUUGCCCUACGUCAACAACAUCCCGCACCUGGGGAACAUCAUUGGCUGCGUGCUCAGCGCCGACGUCUUUGCCAGGUUCUGCCGCCUGCGAGGCUGGAAUGCCCUCUACAUCUGUGGGACAGACGAGUACGGGACGGCAACGGAGACCAAGGCUCUGGAGGAGGGUCUGACCCCCCAGCAGAUCUGCGACAAGUACCACGCCAUCCACAGCCGCAUCUACCGCUGGUUUGACAUCUCCUUCGACUUCUUCGGGCGCACCACCACCUCGCAGCAGACCAGCAUCGCUCAGGAUAUCUUCAGCCGGCUGAGGGAGAGGGGCUUCCUGUCCAGCCACGUGGUGGACCAGCUCCACUGCGAGAAGUGCGAUCGCUUCCUGGCCGACCGCUUCGUGGAGGGGACCUGCCCUUUCUGCAGCUACCUGGAGGCGCGGGGAGACCAAUGCGACCUCUGUGGGAAGCUCAUCACUGCCGUCGACCUGAAGAACCCUCGGUGCAAGAUCUGCAGGGGCACACCGGUCAUCCGAAGCUCGAAGCACUUGUUUUUGGAACUCCCCAAGCUGGAAGAACAGCUGGAGCUGUGGCUGCAGAAGUCGAUGGGGAGCGGAGACUGGACAGCCAACGCCCGCUUCAUCACCCACUCCUGGAUCCGGGAUGGACUCAAAGCCCGCUGCAUCACUCGGGACCUGAAGUGGGGAACCCCCGUACCACUGGAGGAGUUCAAGGACAAGGUGUUCUACGUGUGGUUCGACGCACCCAUUGGUUACAUCUCCAUCACUGCCAAUUACACCGAGCAGUGGGAGAAAUGGUGGAAGAAUCCCGAAGAGGUGGAGCUCUACAAUUUCAUGGCCAAGGAUAAUGUCCCGUUUCACAGUGUUGUCUUCCCGUGCUCCCUCCUGGGAGCUGAGGACAACUACACCCUUGUCAACAGCCUCGUUGCCACAGAGUACCUGAACUACGAGGAUGGGAAGUUCUCCAAGAGCCGGGGCGUGGGUGUGUUCGGGGACAUGGCCCAGGAGACGGGCAUCCCGGCCGACGUCUGGCGCUUCUACCUGCUCUUCGUCCGUCCCGAGGCGCAGGACAGCUCCUUCUCCUGGGGCGACUUCAUGCUGAAGAACAACACCGAGCUGCUCAACAACCUGGGCAACUUCAUCAACAGGGCGGGGAUGUUUGUGGGGAAGUUCUUCGAGGGCUGCGUGCCGCCCAUGGAACUGAUGGCCGAGGACAGGAGGCUCCUGGCCCAGGUCACCUUGGAGCUUCAGCAGUACAUCCAGAGCCUAGAGAGGGUGCGGAUCCGUGACGCGUUGAAGUGCAUCCUGAACAUCUCGCGCCUCGGGAACCAGUACAUACAGAUCAGUGAGCCCUGGCGAAGGAUCAGGGGGAGCGACGCUGACAGGAAGCGGGCAGGCACAGUAACCGGGGUGGCGGUGAACCUGGCCUGCCUCCUCUCGGUUCUCCUCCAGCCCUACAUGCCCUCCGUCAGCAGGACCAUACAGACACAGCUGGGGGCUCCCGAGGCCUGCAACGUCCUGGUCGACCGCUUCGUCUGCUACCUCCCCACCGGGCACCGGAUCGGCACGGUCAGCCCCCUAUUCCAGAAGUUGGAGAGCGACCGCAUCGAGGAACUCAGGAACAAGUACAGUGGUCAGAAGCCCCACCCCUCUGCGAAGACGGAACCCGGGGUGACGGUGGGGACGCCCUCGCCGACCGAACCCGACGCCCAGCGCCUGCAGGAGAUGGUGACGCAGCAGGGGAACCGUGUCCGGCAGCUGAAGGCUCAGAAGGCGGAGAAGAUGCUGAUCGCUUCGGAGGUGUCGGUUCUGCUCGAUCUGAAGAAGCAGCUCUCCCAGGCACUGGGUCAGGGGUAGCUGUGGUGUGGGGAGACGUUGAGGGAAGGGGUGAAGGAGAGGGUCAGGUGUGUGGGAGACGGGCUGGGGAACAUUGCCAGGGUAAGGUGUUGACGGUGGAUGGGUAGGGUGUGAAGUCACGGCCUGGGGUUUGAACGUCUGCUGCUCCAACCCGGGACGGCUGUGCUGGAUCAAUAAAGGUUUUUAAUGUCA